AAACAUGGCGCUCACCAUGGCGUUUUCUUGUCAGUGUCUCAAGUUAUAUGUUAAACGUGACAUUAGCUUUUUGUUAAACAUCGUAUGACAGUUUAAUUAAUAACGUUGUCCAUUAUUUGAGAACAAAAUGGGUAUUUUCUUUUCAAAAAAAAAACCACCGAGUCGCGUCACCGAACAGGACAAAGCCAUUUUGCAAUUAAAACAAACUAGGGAUAAGAUUAAACAAUAUCAACGAAGAAUCGAGCAAAAUCUCGAGAAAGAACGAUUACUCGCAAAAAAACUUAUACAAAAUAAACAAAAGGAACGUGCUUUACUUAUUUUACGCAAAAAGAAGUUUCAAGAACAAAUAUUGUCAAAGACUGAUGGACAACUAGAGAAUCUUGAACUCAUGGUACAUGAUUUAGAAUUUGCACAAGUAGAAUUGAAAGUUGUGGAUGGUCUGAAAGUGGGCAAUGCUGCAUUGAAGAAACUGAAUGAUUUAUUAUCCAUUGAUGAAAUUGAAAAAGUUAUGGAUGAAACUAGGGAAGGCAUUGAAAAACAACAGGAGAUUAAUGAGAUAUUAUCGGGAGAACUUACAGAAAGGGAUGAGAAUGAAGUUGAAGCUGAGCUUGAUGCUUUAUUAGCUGCAGAAGUGGAAGAAGAAGUACCAGAGGUACCAGAAGAUAUAAUAUUACCAGAUGUACCAGAAAAUCUACCAGAAAAGGAAAAAGAACGUACAAAAGAAAAUACACGAGAGGCAAUUGCUCUGAAAGCAUAAACAGGUGAUAAAUAUCAUUAAUAAAGUUUUUAUUCCAUUGGUAUUUUGCGCAGGGAUCUAUGUAUAUAUGUACAGUAUAUUAUAUGUAAGGCUCAACGUGAAUAGUUUUCGUCCAAAGAGUGUAAUUAAAAGAAUGGAAAUUUACUUUUUAUUGACAAAGUGUCUUUUAAGUACUAAAGACUGUUCUAUUAUAUAGUAUGUGUGAGUGGUUUUGCUGCAGAGAGUACAUGAUUCAGGCAAAUGUAUAUUACUCUUUCGUAUAUUACACAUGUUAUGAAUGUUUCAUAAUAAUUACAUGUAUUUGUACUGCCUUACAUGUACAAAUAUCUUUUCACCUCAUUAUUGGCCUCUUUUACGUGUAGUUAUACAAAAAAAAAAAAAAUACAAAACAUUGAGACCUUUUAAUAAACACGAUCUGGUUUACAAUA